AUGGCUCCCCAACUUGACAGCUACUUCAAACAGGUGGACGAUUCCGCCAAACACUUCAUUGAGCGCCUCCGCAAGGCCGUUGCCAUUCCCUCCAUUUCAGCCGAGGACGCUCGUCGUCCCGAUGUCGUUCGCAUGGGAGAAUGGCUCGCCGGCGAGUUGAAGAGCUUGGGAGCUGAGGUCGAGCUUCGACCUCUUGGCAAACAGCCUCACAAGGAGCACCUUGAUCUCCCUCCCGUUGUCCUCGCUCGCUACGGAAAUGAUAAGAACAAGCGAACGAUCCUUGUAUAUGGCCACUACGAUGUUCAGCCUGCCGAGAAGAGCGACGGCUGGGCUACCGAGCCUUUCGAACUGGCUGUUGACGACAAGGGUCGCAUGUUUGGUCGUGGUUCUACUGACGACAAGGGACCUGUCCUGGGCUGGCUUAACGCUAUUGAGGCUCACCAGAAGGCUGGCAUCGACUUUCCCGUCAACCUGUUGAUGUGCUUUGAGGGUAUGGAAGAGUACGGCUCAGAGGGUUUGGAGGAGUUCAUCCGGGCUGAAGCCAAGAAGUAUUUUGCCGAUACCGAUGCUGUCUGUAUUUCUGACAACUACUGGCUCGGUACCGAGAAGCCUUGCCUGACUUACGGUCUACGAGGCUGCAACUACUAUUCUGUCGAAGUCUCUGGUCCUGGAGCUGAUCUUCAUAGUGGUGUUUUUGGUGGCACUGCUCAGGAGCCCAUGACUGACCUGGUUCGCGUCUUGGGCUCGCUUGUCGACACUAACGGCAAGAUCCAAAUCCCUGGGAUCAUGGAGCAGGUUGCCCCCGUCACCAAGGAAGAGGAAGGCCUCUAUGAUGGCAUUUCUUUCACCAUGGACAACAUUUUUGAGUCGCUGGGGAGCAAGACCACAAUCCACGACGACAAGAAGAACACUCUGAUGGCACGUUGGAGAUACCCCUCCCUGUCAAUCCAUGGUGUUGAAGGUGCUUUCUCUAGCCCUGGAGCUAAGACGGUCAUUCCUGCCAAGGUCAUUGGAAAGUUCUCAAUCCGAACUGUGCCCAAUAUGGACAUUGACACCACCAAUAACUGCGUCUACAAGUACGUUGAAGAGCAGUUUGCCAAGUUGAAUAGCAAGAACACUAUGAAGGUCUACGCGCAGCACACUGGCAAGUGGUGGGCUGCCUCUCCCAAGCACUGGAACUUCUCCGCAGCUGCCAAGGCUACCGAGCGUGUCUGGGGCGUUCAGCCUGACUUCACGCGUGAGGGUGGAAGCAUCCCCAUUACUCUUACCUUCGAGGAGGCUACCGGGAAGAACGUCCUUCUGCUUCCCAUGGGAAGUUCAACCGAUGGUGCCCACUCGAUCAACGAGAAGCUGGACAAACGAAACUACAUUGAGGGCAUCAAGCUCCUCGGGGCGUACCUGCACUACGUUGCCGAGGAGCCCCAAUCGUAG